GCAUUAAUACGACAGGGACCUCCCUCUUGUUCAGUAUAGACUUGCUGUCAUCCUGUUCGCACCGUACUGAUCCAUCAGGCUUCAGUCUGCAAUGGCUGAAAAGGAGACCAAAAAAAAGAACAAAACAGUUGGCAAUGAAAAAAAUGUAGAGGGCGAAGCAGAUGGAGAGACUGCAACAGAGAAUUUGGAAUUUCCUGAGCUGGGGCCUUUUGAAACAAUUACAGGGCAACGCAUGCCAUCCGCUUUCUUCAAAUUCCAUUUCAAAAACGUAGAAUAUUCUUCAGGGCGGCACAAAACCUUUUUGUGCUACUCAGUAGAGAAACAGGGCAAGGAAUGUGAGAGGUCAGAGGGCUACGUGGAGGAUGAGCAUGCAGGCACACAUGCAGAAAAAGCCUUCUUCACAGAUAUCUUCACAGAGUGUGAUGGGAGCCUGAGCUACUCUAUUAUUUGGUACGUGUCCUCCAGCCCUUGCACGGUGUGUGCUGCCAAAAUCGCUGAGUACCUCAGCAAGUGCCCCAACGUGGAGCUCACCAUCUUCAUGGCACGCUUGUUCAUGUGGGAAGAGGCUGAAAUCCAUCAGGGCCUGCGGCAACUCCAAGCCGCUGGCUGCCGAUUGAGGAUCAUGAAGGGUCCAGAGUAUAAUUACUGCUGGAACACCUAUGUCGACAACGAGGGGGAGGCUUUCACACCUUGGGAAGACCUUCAAGACAGCUGCAUGUUCUAUGAAGAAAAACUACACGACAUUCUACAACAUGCCUAGAAGAAUAUGGGUGCUGUAUGCCAAUCACUUCAGUAGCCCAACAGGAUGCAGUGGGACAUCUGGGAAGAAGCAAAAGUCAUUUAUUGUAUUUCACUUGGACUGAACCGAAACGAUUUUCUUUAACAUCUCAUACAAUGUAACUUAAGAUUGUUGCCUCCAAUUUUAGUUCAUUGCAAGUAGUCCCUGUACCGUAGGAAAAAUGUUUUAGAUGUGCUGAUGCACUGUUAGUUCAAUAUAGGUCUGCCUCAAGUCUGUAUGUAUGUUCAAGUAGGUUAGAAUUUGGUAAUAAAAUAUUAUUUCACAUAUUGAGCAUCAAUCAUGUAGCAGAUAUUACAGCUGCCAAUAUAUACAGCUGCCAUUCAAUAUUUAAAAUAUGUUAGUCAUCAUUGACACUGUGUUUUACAAUAAAAUAUUGACUGUC